CUCUCUCUCUCUCUCUCUCUCUCUCUCAUCAUCUUUGUUCUUGGCCAGACCCAACAAGUCUUUGAAUUGCUUUUUCUCAACUCCCAAAGCCAAACCCCAUGAAAUAAAAAAUGCAAUAAAAUGUUACAACAAAGGCAUCAAAUAAAUAUAAAAAUAAUAAAAAUCCCCAACCCCCAAGAAAGAAGAUGUAAUACAAUAAUCAAGAAGAUAUACAAAAUAAUCUUUGUUUGACAGUUUUACUCUCCAACCUAGAAAUCCAAACACAACCCCCUAUCUACAGACACAGAGCAAAGACUAAACACUAGAGUUGCAUGAUUUUUGGGGCAAGAGCUUUUGCUGUGAACUGUUUUUUGUCCUAAUUUGCAUGUUAGUCAUUGUUCAUCAUUUCUUUUUUUCCACCACAGUUUGCCAGUUGCCACUCCCCUUUUCUUUUCUUUUUCUUUUUUUAUAAAAAAAUAAAAUUCUACUAUUUAACUAAACUCCACAGUUCUCCACAGUCCACAGUAUACACAGUCACAUUUCUGUAGCAAUAAGUGUUGCUGCAUCACAGAGGACUGACUGAUUCUUAUAGGUAAAAAAAAAAAUUGACCAACUCCAAAAACAUUUGCAAUUUGAUAUCCCAUUUCACAAAAAGACUUGAUUUUUUUUUUUAAGAAUCUGAGAAUUUUUUUAUUUUUCAUACAAUGGAUCUCACAAGCAGAAACUAUCUUGAACCCUCAACUUUGUUUUCCUCCCAAGUGGUAAAAAUGCAAUCUUUUUUCCUUCUUAUACUUGUGUGUGUAAUCUGUGUGUGUAAUGUGUGUGUGUGUGUGGCAAAAAUGGAACAUAAUCUUACAAUGUGUGUGGCACAGGGAGCAAGAUUGGAGAGCAGCAAUGCAUUGAGCAAGACAAGCAAAAGCAACCCUUUUCUGGAUUCAUUUUCCGACCCUCUUUGCAAGCUGAAUCUCAAAGAAACCUCGGAUUUUGUCAAGUCAUUUCCAAUGGCAAACAGUGGCAUACCUGAAAUUUCAGCACAUAGGGGUGGAGAAAAUGGGGUGAACUCAGUCACAAAGAGGAAUGUGGAAGCUCCGCCUACACCCGGGAGGCCUGUUUUCAGCUUCAGCACUGCCAAUUACUCAAGAAAGAGCUUCCCUUCCAAAUGGGAUGAUGCUGAAAAAUGGCUUGCCGGUGGGAAUUCUUGCCAUGAUUCUCCUGCUAAUAAUAAUACUAGUUACAGCCAUGGAGUUUUCAAGGCAUUGGAGCCUUCUAGAAUGUUCACCAGACAAUGCAGUGGGUACAAGCCACAGCUUGGUGAUAUCUUUGCUGAAAAAUCAAGAAUCACUGAUGAGAAGGUUUCUACUUUUCAAGCUACUCUCAUCAAUGGGGGCUCACUUUCACCUACUGCACAAGUACUUCUAAAAGAUAAAUUUCCAAAUGAGUUGAAUCAAACGAGUCCGAAGUUGGGUUGCUCAGAGCCAAUGCAAGAGGGAUUCUUAUUCAGGCAUUCCGUCAAACAGUUGGUGUGCAGCAACAAAACCGCAGAGACGGUGGUGGAGGAAGUGAAACACAGAGACGUCGGCACAGAGAUGACCCCACUCGGCAGCUCCACCACCUCAAGAUGCCCGACCCCAUUCCUGAGCACCUCGCCGGCGCGACACAACACUCCGGCGAACCGGUCCGGCCCGUUGGCCCCCACUGGCGAGAACACCAUCGACAUAACCCAAUUGCAGGAGUGCCAUUUAACCAAACUCCACUUCGGGACACAGUUCGAUUCUGCAAAUUCGAAUUGGAGCUCGAGAGAAGAGGAAGAAGAAGAUGUAUCGAAGAGUUUGAGGCAUUUUGAAAUGAUCAACGAGUGCAGAAAAAGUGUUUCCGACACGACGAAACCUUGCUCGUGGGAAGAAGAAGAGAAAACCAAGAGCUGCCUCAGGUAUCAAAGAGAAGAAGCAAAGAUUCAAGCUUGGGUGAAUCAUCAAAGUGCUAAAGCAGAAGCUGAAUCAAGAAAGCUUGAGGUGAAAAUACAGAGGAUGAGAUCAAAUAUGGAAGAGAAGCUAAUGAAGAAAAUGGCGGACGUGAAUCGAAAAGCGGAAGAAUGGAGGGCGACGGCGCAAUUUCAGCAUUCCGAACAAAUCCGUAAAGUCGGGCAGCAAGCGAGAGAAGUGAUGAAUCGACGAAACAACUCGCAUUUCUCAAGGGGCCAUAAAUCUUGUGGUUGCUUCCCUUGUAAUAACAACAACAAUCGUAUGUAAUAAUUAAAUUUCAUACAUGCAAAAAAAAAA